GGUGACGUCACGGCACCUCCAGGAAAAAGAAAGGGUCGCGUCGGUGUCGAGCAGCUCGGGUCGGUGCGUGUGUCUGUAGCGUGGAUGGAGAAUCUCCAGUGACACCAGUGGAGCCUCCAGUUGAGCUUCAAGUUUGUGCGUGUUUGUGCGUGUGUGUGCUUGCGAGGCCGCGGCGGGUUCGAGCACGAUGUCCGCCUCAGCGAUAUUCAUCCUGGAUCUGAAGGGGAAGGUGCUGAUUUGUCGAAACUACAAAGGCGAUGUGGACAUGGCGGAGGUCGACCACUUCAUGCCUCUACUCAUGCAAACUGAAGAGGAUGGGCUCAUCUGUCCUGUGAUGUCACACGGCAAAGUUCACUUCAUGUGGAUCAAACACAGCAACCUUUACCUGGUGGCCACUACAAACAAGAACUCCAACGCCUCUCUGGUGUACUCCUUUCUCUACAAACUAGUCGAGGUGUUCACAGAGUAUUUCAAAGAGCUGGAGGAGGAGAGCAUUCAGGACAACUUUGUGGUCGUCUACGAGCUGCUGGAUGAGCUGAUGGAUUUUGGAUUCCCCCAAACCACUGACAGCAAGAUCCUCCAGGAAUACAUUACACAGGAAGGCACCAAGCUGGAGGUGGCAAAGACCAAGGUGCCGACCACCGUCACCAACGCCGUCUCCUGGAGGUCAGAGGGCAUCCGAUACAAGAAGAACGAGGUGUUCAUCGACGUCAUUGAAUCCAUCAACGUGCUGGUGAACGCUAAUGGCAGUGUGAUGAGCAGUGACAUAGUGGGCUGCAUCAAGCUGAAAACCAUGUUAUCUGGGAUGCCUGAGCUGCGCCUCGGCCUCAACGACCGGGUGCUGUUCGCCCUCACAGGACGUGACAAGGGGAAGACGGUGGUGAUGGAAGAUGUUAAAUUCCACCAGUGUGUCCGUCUCUCACGGUUUGACAGUGAUCGCACAAUCUCCUUCAUCCCUCCAGACGGGGAGUCUGAGCUCAUGUCCUACCGCAUCAACACGCAUGUGAAGCCUCUGAUAUGGAUCGAGUCAGUCAUAGAGAAGUUCUCUCACAGUAGAGUGGAAAUCAUGGUGAAGGCGAAGGGACAAUUUAAAAAACAGUCUGUGGCAAAUAAUGUGGAGGUGAGGGUCCCUGUUCCCAGUGAUGCCGACUCGCCCAAGUUCAAAACCAGCACAGGCAGCGCCAAGUAUGUGCCCGAGAAGAACAUGGUGGUGUGGACCAUCAAGUCUUUCCCUGGAGGUAAAGAGUUUCUAAUGAGAGCUCAUUUUGGUUUGCCCAGUGUGGAAAAUGAAGAGCUUGAGGGCAAACCUCCGAUUACUGUCAAAUUUGAAAUCCCAUACUUCACAGUCUCGGGAAUACAGGUGCGAUACAUGAAGAUCAUAGAAAAAAGUGGUUACCAGGCUUUGCCCUGGGUGCGCUACAUCACACAGAGUGGAGACUACCAGCUCAGGACCAACGUUUGAAGCCUGAGAGACUACACUGCUGUGGUUUACUCACUUCCUGAGGGAGCGUCAAUGAUCACAUUUAACUGGACUGAAAGAAUGUCUUUAAAAUUUCACCGGCUCUUUGUAAUGUCUGUUUGUUUUUGAAGUCUGUGUGCAGCUUGAUUUUAAUGUCUCUAUUAUGGGACCACUGCUAAUUAUUUAAAUGAUUUAAUCGAAUGAUCCCGUUUUAAUCUAUUUGUGUGUAACCUGCUCCUCCUUUUGUUUCCGUCAUGGGCUUGCAGCUCCGCAUGAGCGCAGGUCACGCCCUCAUUCUGUAAAAACACAUUGUGCAAUCACGUCACUAAAAUUCCGCCUAAAAUAAAAAACUGGAACCGCC